AAAUAAAGUGUUUAUUUUCGUCUAUACUUAUUGUAUACGGGGUUUAUUAGUUUAUUAUUUAUUAUAAUUAUAAUUUUUGUUUAAAACAAAAUACUAUAUAGUGUUAAAUUUAAUAUUGCUAUUUUAAUUUAGUGUUUUGUCCCAUAAAAAAAUAAACAAUAUUUAAAUGUUUAUUUAUUAAAAAAAGAAAGAAAAUUUGUUAAAUGUUUGAUCUGUAACAAGAAAACAUUUGAAAAUUAAAUAAUUUAUUAACAAACAAAAAAAAAAGAGAAAAAAAGAAAUACUUUAUUAGACUAAACAUUUAUUAUAAACAAAUAAGAAAAAAAUGACUUCUAAGCAUCAAAUAAAACAACAACAGCAGCAGCAUUCUCAGCAACAACACACAUUCGGAGAUGGUGAUCCCUUCAAUUAUGAAGAACUAAAUGUUAUUGGCACGGGUGCUUACGGAACUGUAUAUAGAGCACGAGACAAUCAUACGGGAAAAAUAGUUGCCAUUAAGAAAGUACGUAUACCACUGACAGAUAAUGGUGUUCCCAUGUCAACGUUACGUGAAAUAGCACUGUUAAAACAAUUAAAUGCCUCUGAUCAUCCAAAUAUUGUAAAACUAUUUGAAGUAUGCCAAUUCUUAGAGCGAGAAGGUCAACUAAUGGUUUUAUUGGUAUUCGAACAUUUAGAACAAGAUCUAUCAGAUUUAAUAGAACGUUUACCCAAAUCAGGAAUGCCUCCUACAACCAUACAGCGCCUUUCCCGUGAAUUACUAACCGGUGUUGAUUUCCUACACUCUCAUCGCAUUAUACAUCGUGAUUUGAAACCGCAAAAUCUUCUAAUCUCCUCUCAGGGACAUUUGAAAAUUGCCGAUUUUGGUCUGGCCAAAACAUAUGAUUUCGAAAUGAAAUUAACUUCAGUUGUUGUCACACUAUGGUAUCGUGCUCCAGAGGUUUUAUUAGCACAAACCUACAAUAGUUCAGUGGACAUAUGGAGUUCAGCAUGUAUUAUAGCUGAAAUGUUUUCACGCAAAGCCUUAUUUCCCGGUACCUCGGAAGCAAAUCAAUUGGAUCGUAUAUUUGAAUUAACUGGCCGACCUACAGCUCAACAAUGGCCGAAGACAAUAUCCUUGUCUAGAGAACACUUUAAAUUAAGACAUCCCAAACAACCUAGGGAUUUAUGUCCUAAUCUUUGUGAAUAUGCAAAUGAUCUGCUGGCUCAAAUGCUGUCGUAUGAUUUACGUUUACGACCCUCAGCUUUGGCAUGCUUAGAGCAUGAAUAUUUCCAGCAGGAGCCAAUUUAAUAGUAGUAGUAUUUUUUUUAAUUAUAAAUAAUUAUUUGUUAAUUUAUUAGUUUAUUUAAUAUUAAGAACCAUACAUAUAAAUAAGCAAAUAUUCCUUAAAGCAUUUUAAAUUGAAUUUGAA